AUGCCUUUCCUGGAUCUGGACACCAAUAUUCCCCAGCAGGAUAUUCCAGGGGACUUUGCUGAAAAGCUGUGCUCGGCUGCUGCCUCCAUCCUGGGCAAACCUAAGGAAAGGGUGAAUGUUACCGUAAGGGGUGGAGCCUCUUUGCUAAUUGGUGGCUGUUCAUCACCAUGUGUCCAGCUGAUAAUCUCUUCCAUUGGUGUAGUGGGAACAGCAGAACAGAAUAAAGAGCACAGCUCGAAACUCUUUGAGUUCCUCACCAAAGAACUUAACCUGACACCUGACAGGGUUCUGCUGCGCUUUCACCCUCUGGAGCCUUGGCAGAUUGGGAAAAAUGGAACGGUUAUGACAUAUCUGUUAUGA